AUUUUGCCUUCUUCCAUCUCUCCUAUCUUCUCCAUAUAUACUUCAUCUUCACACCCCGAGAACUCCACACCUACAUACACAAUCUCUCCGCAAAAAUUUACAAAGUUUCAACCUUCCAAUUUUAAAUAUCUCUAAAAUAAAUUCACAUUUUCCUCUGUUGCAAAUUCAAGUUUAGUAAAAUUCAACCCAAAUCAAAACAUUUAAACUUUCUUUAAACUGUAACCAUAUGGAUCCUUCAUAUACAUUCAUAAAAGAGGAGUUUCCUACUGGUAUCAAUGAUUCUCCAUAACCACCAUCUUCUUCAACUUCCUCUUACCUUCAUUCAACCUCCAUGGCCCCAAAUGAUCCAACAAAAUUAAGCUCUCCGCAACCAAUAGAAGGUCUCCACGAAUCAGGCCCACCUCCAUUUCUGACAAAGACAUAUGAUAUGGUGGAAGAUUCAAGAACCAAUGAUGUUGUGUCUUGGAGCGAAGACAAAAACAGCUUCAUUGUCUGGGAUCCACAAGCUUUUUCCAUGACUCUCCUCCCCAGAUUCUUCAAGCACAAUAACUUCUCUAGCUUUGUUCGACAGCUCAACACAUAUGGUUUCAGAAAGGUGAAUCCUGAUCGAUGGGAGUUUGCAAAUAAAGGGUUUCUUAGAGGACAAAAGCAUCUCCUCAAGACAAUAAGUAGAAGAAAGACAAAUAACAAUAAUCAAAUGCCACCACCUGAAUCAUCCUCUCAACAACAAUCACUUGAAAAUUGUUGCAUAGAAGUUGGUAGGUAUGGUCUAGAUGGAGAGAUGGACAGCCUAAGGCGAGACAAACAAGUGCUGAUGAUGGAGCUAGUGAAACUUAGAAAGGAACAACAAAGCACCAAAAGUUAUCUCACAUCGACUGAAGAGAAGCUCAAGAAGACUGAAUUAAAACAACAUCAAAUGAUGAGAUUCCUUGCUCGCGCAAUGCAGAAUCCUGAUUUCCUUCAGCAACUCAUGGAGCAGAAAGAGAAGAGUAAGGAUAUGGAAGAAGCAUUCAGAAAGAAGAGACAAAGAACGAUCGAUCAAGGGACAAGUGAUGUUGUUAAUGUAGAAUAUUGUAAUGUUAAUGUCGGUGGUGGAGGUGGUUAUGGAAAAUAUAGAAACGAUGUUGGAUCCUCCUCGAGGUUUGUUGACGUGAAACAAGAAAUAUAUGGAGACAUGACUGAAUUUGAUAUGUUGGAGUUCGACAGACUUGAUAUGCACAUUGAAGGACUUGGAGAUCAGUUCACUGGGGAAGAAGUCCUGGAUGUGGAUAAAAGAGAGAAAGAAAGAGAACAGGAAGGGUUCCAAAAGGAGAACAAUGAGAGUUACGGUGAAGAUUUUUUGGAAGAUUUGUUUAAAGAAGAUCAAGAUAUUGAUUUUGAACGAGAUGGGGAAAAUGUUGAUGUGCUCAUUGAGCAACUUGGUUAUUUGGGUUCUGGUUCACACUAACUGAGAAGAAUCUGAAAAGAGUACUUAAGCAUUUGAAUCAACUUGUUUUUCCUAUUGAAUAUCUUUAUUCAGUUAGGUGAGUAAACUCGCAUUGAACUUGAGUUUAAAUCACGUUUUGUUUCUUUUGAUGCUUUUUGCAAUAAAAUUGUUUCUUGUUAAAAAAUGUUUCUUGUUAUAA